GUGAAAUGCUGCUCAUCAUAGCUAUAUUAUUUAGUAAUCGUAAACAAUUUUAUUGUCUUUACUAAUCUUUGUUCUCUUACAUGAUUGUGCAGAUACUUGAGUAAUAAUAGGUUUGACUCAUCAGACAUUCCUUCGUGGUUUCCAACCUUGCCAGCCUUGACAACAUUAAUGAUGGAACAUACACAACUUCGAGGUCAAGUUCCUGCCAGAUUCUUUGAGCUUCCAAAUUUGCAGACUGUGGUACUAAAAGGCAACCGACUUAAUGGUACCUUGGAGAUUGGGCCAAGGUUUAGCAACCAACUGAAAACCAUAGAUUUGCAGUACAAUUCCAUUACUGGUUUCAAUGACAGAGGCAGAACAUACAAAUUUGACAUAAUACUUGUGGGUAAUCCAGUAUGCCAGGAGACAGAAACAACAAGCACUUACUGCAAACUUCCCCCAUCAAACUCAUGGCCUUUGUAUUCAACCCCUUCAAAGAUCUGUCUGCCUGUUUCAUGCAGUUCAGAUCAAAUUAUUAGCCCCACAUGUAGAUGUGCACAUCCAUAUACAGGAACACUAUUGUUCAGAGGCCUUUUCUUCUCAGACUUUGAAAAGUCAGCUCCAUAUGAAUUUCUAGAGCAAUCUUUGAUGCAGUUCUUCCAGUCCCAUCAACUUCCUGUGGCUUCUGUUUCACUAAAUGAUCCAAGAAAGGAUUCAUUUGAAUAUCUUCUAUUAGACCUUAGUGUGUUUCCAGAUGGCCAAGACAGUUUCAAUAGAACUGGAAUUUCUAUGAUUGCAUUUGGAUUUAGCAACCAGACUUUCAAGCCUCCUAAACAGCUCUUUGGACCUUAUGUUUUUAUUGGUGACGAAUAUGAGCACUUUUCUGAUGAACCUGCCAACACAAAAAAAUCUAGCAUUGCCAUCAAAAUAGGAGCAGCGGUUGGUGCUUCAGUGCUGUUUUUACUAUUAGUGCUCUCUGGGAUUUAUGCUUAUCGUCAUAAGAGAGCAGAAAAAGCAACCAAAGAGAGCAAUCCUUUUGGGAGAGGACGCGUUGCAAACAAGUAAAAGGGUUCGUCGGAGGCAACAGAGAGGAAGAUUGAAGUAGUUCUUGAAGUAUUGAGUGUAGUGACAGAUGGAAAAGAACAAGAAGAGAAUUAGAGAAAUAAUUUAGAGA